AUGUCUGCCUCACCACCCACCCCCAUCCAGUCAGCCAAGCGCCCAUUGGAAGAUACAUCCUCCCCAUCUGGCCCCACUGAUCAACCAGAUGCCAAACGCCCGGCCCUUGACAAAGUUACGAAGGAAGAAGUCGACGAGUCAGCGGGACAAAAGGCCUUGGGAGAUGAGGCGGGUGAUGCUAAGGUUGAGGGUGGUGACUCAACCAAUGGCGUUCAAACUGAGUCCAAGGAUACACAAGGCGAUGUUGUUGUGGGCGAUGCGCCAGAUGGUACUCGUACUGUUGAAGGUUCUAUCCUAUCUACAGGAGAUCAAAGUUCAUCUGGAAAUGCACUCCAGCACGACGAAAGUUCUUGGAUCCACAUUCGCGCCGUUAUAUCAAGUGCAGAGGCCGCAACUGUCAUAGGUAAAGGAGGAGAGAAUGUGACACUUAUUCGUAAGAUGUCUGGCGCCAAAUGUACCGUCAGUGACUACCAAAAAGGCGCUGUGGAGAGAAUCCUCACUGUGAGUGGGGUGGUUGAUGCGGCAGCAAAGGCGUUCGGCUUGAUUAUCCGCACCUUGAAUGGCGAGCCACUUGAUCAGCCAUCAACCCCACAGUCAAGGACAUACCCGCUUCGUCUUCUUGUUCCGCAUGUUCUUAUCGGCUCAAUUAUUGGGAAGGGUGGCGUCCGAAUUAGAGAAAUCCAAGAGCAGUCAGGGGCACGACUGAACGCAUCGGAUGCAUGCCUACCUCUUUCGACUGAACGCUCCGUCGUCGUCCUUGGCGUUGCCGAUGCCGUUCAUAUCGCCACUUAUUAUGUAGCCAGCACCCUUUUGGAGCAAUUGACUGAGCGCUUCGGAGGUCCGACAGCUUCAGCAUAUGCCACUCGUAGCGGAGGCCCAGCUGGAGUGAUCCCCGGUGGAAUGCAAGUUGUCCCCUAUGUUCCACAACCUGCUGGGGGUAACUACGGCCACCCGGAUAACGUCCGCCACAAUGACAUCCGAUCUCGCCAAACGCCAGCAGCUCAGUACGGACAGCCUUAUGCUCAAGGCCCAGGCCCACAGCAAGGCGGUGCGUCGAUGCACUACGGUGGUUCCCCCGCUGCCGGGUAUGGUGGUGUAGCACCACAGCAGCCGCAGCAAGUAGGCCAUGGAGGCCCAGCGUCUCACGCCGGGCCGCCAGCUCAGCCAAUGCAAGGUGUUGUCCCAGGCCAACCCUUGACGCAGCAAAUCUAUAUCCCUAAUGAUAUGGUUGGAGCUAUCAUUGGCAAGGGUGGUGCCAAGAUUAACGAAAUACGCCAACUCAGUGGAAGUGUUAUCAAAAUUAAUGAGCCUCAAGAUAACAGCAACGAGAGGCUUGUCACGAUCACGGGGACUGCGGAAUGCAACCAGAUGGCACUGUAUAUGCUCUACUCCAGAUUAGAGAGCGAAAAACACCGUAUUUGA